AUGGUUUUGGGUUUCAGUCUGCGGUUGAGUGGCCAGGGCGCCGAGUUCGCAAUCAGAUUGUUUCUACUCGAGCGCGCCGGUACACAGUGGCGAGUGGCGCGCCAUGCGUUGAUGCGUGGUGGUAUCAUGCCACCGCUCACUGAGCUACCCGUGACCUUUUCGACUAAACUCGAGUAUUUCAAUGGCAACCACAAACUAAACAAUACACUUGCAGAAAAUAUGACUAGAUAUGAGUAUUGUUUUAAUAGCGCGACUACGGUGAUUAGUGAGGCUUUCGAAGCAUCGAGAAUUUCAAAAAUUGGAACGUAA